CCCAGGAACGGACGGAGAGAUUUUUGUGCGUGCACCAAUCAAAGUUAUCGACUAGCGUUUUUUUACUUCUGGCACCCCACGCUAGCCGAGCGAGCAGUACACUGGCCAAUCAUAACGCGCCUGUCCGUCCAUUCCCUCAUUGUCUAUGGAUGGGACCGAUGGAAGGAAGGCCAGGCCGCAGAGGUCGGCUUAUAUAUGACCUGGGCUAUGCGGGAUAUUGGCAGCAAUGGAGAGUCUUCUCCAUCCGACCUUGGAUGCAGAAGAGCCCGACGAAUUCGAUCGCCAGCACCUGAACGGGAAUCUCAAUGGCUGCGGAACCGACAACCCCAGAACGGGCAAUGACCCGGUCACAGGACAAGAGAGCGGAUGAAGAGGCUCAGAAGAGUGACGCUGCCCAGCAUGAGAGCAAGGAAUCGGCCUCUGACACCCCUUCCGAAGGCGACCAAGGGCUGCAGGACAACUCGAAUGUCCCCAAGAUGUCGUUUCUGAAGCUGUUCUGGUUCUUCUUUUACAACUUUGGUCUCUUCGCCUGGGGCGGUCCCGUCGCGCAGAUCGCCUUGAUCAAAGACAAGCUCGUGGUCCAGGACAAGUGGAUUACCCUCACUCGCUUCCAGCGCGUCUUUUCCGUCUACCAGAUCCUCCCCGGCCCCGAGGCCGCCGAGUUAUGCAUGUUCUUCGGCUGUUUGUCUGCGGGCAGGAUUGGCGGCAUCAUUGCGGGCAUGGCGUUCAUACUUCCAGGGUUUCUAUUGAUGCUCCUGGCUAGUUAUGUGUACACGCUGGCUGGUUUCGAGAACCAGUAUUUCAACGCUUCCUUUCGGGCCCUGCAGCCUAUCGUCGCGGCAAUGAUCCUGAGAGCAACCCACAAAAUCGCCGAGCACUCUGUGAGGAAGCAUGACACGAAGAAGAUCGACCCGUUUCUUGUCAUCAUAGCCGUUUGUACAGCAAUCAAUUGUGCCCUUCGCCUGAAUAUCUUUAUUUCUCUCGGCCUGUACGGCACCAUUUACAUGUUCAUCGCCCGUCGCCUCUGGAUCCCUGCCGCCGUUCUCUUCGCCCUGCAAUACUGUGGCUACGCCAUCUACGCCGUCUUCCGCGGCGUGCCGUCACCGGUGUCGCUUGCCCUCGGCGUCGCCCGGGCGCCGUCGCUCAUCAACCUCUUCGUGCUGGGCCUGGUGUCCGGCUCGCUCUCGUUUGGCGGCGCGUACACGGCCAUCCCGUUCGUGCAAGUCGAGGCCGUCUUGCUGGGCGCAUGGCUCCCGCAGAGCGUUUUCAUCGACGGGAUCGCCAUCGGCAAUAUCCUGCCGGCGCCGCUGGUCAUCUUCGCCACCUUUGUCGGUUUCCAGGGCGCGUACUUGGAGAAUGGUUCGCUUGGCAACGCGUUUGCAGGGGCCAUCAUCAUUACCCUGGGCAUGUUUUUCCCCUGCUUCCUAUUUACCAUUGCCGGCCAUGAACUGUUGGAGAGGCUGGUUCGAAAUCAGUUCCUAGCCAGCUUUUUCGACGGUCUCUGUGGCUCGGUCAUCGGUGUUAUCGCCAUGAUCGCAGCCCAGAUCCUUAAGGCCAGCGUCGAGGGCAACUUGGACAAAGCAAAGGAAAAGACGCUUGGUGAAGCCGUUGCCGCAACCGCCCAGGUUGGCCCAGCGGCAGUCCUUUAUGUGCUUGCUCUGGCGGUUCUUUACAAGUUCACCAAUAAGUACACUGCGCUGUUCUUGGUCAUCGCGGGCGGGGUGGCUGGGCAGUUCCUCUUCCUGGAUGUCUAGAGCCGGAAAUCUUACCCGUAGUCGCCAUUAUACUACUGUAUGCUGC